UGGGUAUAUGCUUUAGCUAUCCAUGCCCUGACUACGUGGUUUUCCCGCUAGAAUAACCUCUGGGCUCUUAUGAAUUAACUACCUAUUUCUACGAUUGGUAGAGCCAAGUCAUGGCAACAGAUGUAACGUGCCAGCGCUCACUUAUACAUACCAAUCCUUCUACCGUUAUAGUCUUAGAUCAGGAUCUAUGACUAAAAAUAUGACAAGCUAUACGACCAGUACGAGGCGGCUGCUGAUGGCUGCUGAUCUGCGGCUGAGGUGGACUCGACGCCUCGUCGUAUUACCUCCCUGGCGACGUACAUUCGACCAAUGAGAUUGCGAUGGAGUUCUCUAAAAGGUAACUUGGCGGCGACGAUCCCAACUGCGCCUCGACGAGAUCUCUUGCCAGCACGUAUAGGUACUGCGGAGCUCUAAAUCACGUUCCCGGUCGAAGAAUUGCGAAGCUAUGAUAGAACUCGAUGAAGAUAAAUAGAUCUUCAUCAAUAUCCUUAGCGUCACCAACCUCCUUAACUUCACCAACUUUACCAUACUACAUCCAUCAAAAUGAAGUCCUUCACCGUCGCCACUAUCGCCGCCGCCCUCGUCUCCUCCGCCGCGGCUCUCCCUAAGGAGCCCCCCUUCGCCAAGGUCAACCUAGUCGCAAUCAACCGCCCCGUCAGCGGCGAGAGGUCCGAGAAGCGAGUCACCGUCGACCUCGCGACUCUCAGCCACCAGGCGAACCUGCCGAUCACCGGCCUGGCCAUCGAGAGCGUCUCCAUCACCGCGCCCCAGGCCCCGGACCACCCCGCCAUCGGCGUAGCGGACAUCACCUGCCAGCGCUACAACGACCAGUUCGGAGUCCAGCGGGGCAGCGCCGCCUUCACUAGCUCGGUGAACGCGUCCAUCAGCACUAACUCUGUCGACUUCGGCUGGGUUCUCUGCUACGCCAACCCUACUCCUGUUUAAUUAAUUUGGAGGUUGGUGGGUUUGAUGGAGGAAGACGCGCAGGCGUGAGGUCCGACUGAGGAGGCAGUCUUGGGAUAAACGGAAAGGGGUAUAUAUAAUGUUAAUGGGGGUUAUGUAUUGCAUUUGAUUUUAGCGAAGCACAUUCCUUACGAUUUGCAUAUACAUAGACGAGAUUCUGCUUUUCGGGGCUCGGGCCUCUUGCAUAGGUACCUAUGUAAUAUAUAAAUAUUCGAAUCCUCCAUGAAAUAAAUUUCCCGGCAGGGGGCG